AUGGCCAGAAAUAGCCAUAGGACUGAAAGCAUCCGAGGUCUGGACCAAGCUUCUUCAAAGUAUGGUCUUAAAACCAUAAUAAUCGAGCAUGUAGGAGUCACAGGAGGCAGAUACAGGCCUUUAAUAGCUUUGGAAUCCACUGAUUCAGGGAAAAAUUGGGUAUCAACACUGCCUAUAUUAAGAAUGAUGGAUUUCAUCCAAGUAAAGCUACAACAUUGGUUUUAUGAAAGGAGAAAUGAAGCAGAAGCAACUUUUUAUGACGUUUCUUGUUGGGUAGAAGAGGAAUUGAAGAAAAAGAUAGAUUUAGCAUUUACUUUGAAUGUCAUCCCUGUUGAUUCAUGGCGUUCUAGAGUUGAGGAAGAAGGAAUUACUUUCUUGGUGGACUUAUACAAAAGGACAUGUGAUUGUUUUCAGUUUCAAUUUGAUGAAUUACCAUUCAUACAUGCAAUUGCAGCUAUCGAGAAGAGAAACAUCAAGAAGUCCAACUUUUGCUCGCACUGGUACUUAAAGGAAUCUUGGCUGAAAACAUAUGAAAGACAAAUACAUCCUGUAGGACAUACUGAUUCUUGGAUUCUACCAGAGAGUGUUAAGUCACAAAUUAUUAAACCUCCAGAUUUCAAAGUGUCACCAGGUAGAAGGCAGAAGAAAAGGCAUAUUCCAGCUACCGAGUCAUCAAAAAUAACAUUCAAAUGCGGUCGUUGCAGAAGAAUUGGCCAUAAUAGAACAGCUUGUAUAUAUUCUCCGGCAGUCCAUCCAUUUUCAAGGAAGCAUAGAGGAUAG